AUGGCGGCUGCUCUAAGCGGCCCGGCAAAUACUGCAUCCAAUGCAUUCAAGGACAAGGAGAAGCCUAUGGCCGUCCGCACCGCCAAUAUUAUGGCUGCUCGAGCUGUUGCGGAUGCUAUCAGAACAUCACUUGGACCUAGGGGCAUGGACAAGAUGAUUCAAACCGGCAAAGGCGAAACUAUUAUCACAAACGAUGGAAACACAAUGUUGAAGGAUAUGAGUGUGAUGCACCCGGCCGCCAAAAUGCUAGUUGAUUUGAGUGCUGCCCAAGAUGUUGAAGCUGGCGACGGCACUACGUCGGUUGUCGUAAUUGCUGGAAGUUUGCUCGGAGCUGCUGAGCGAUUACUUUCAAAAGGGAUUCAUCCAACUGUCAUCUCUGAGUCUUUCCAACGCGCUGCCGCUGCCGCUGUGCAGGUUCUCCAUGACAUGUCGCAGCCUAUCACGCUCACUGACCGUACCGCGCUCCUUCAAGCAGCAUCCACUUCCCUCUCCUCGAAAAUUGUUUCUCAACACUCAAGUCUUCUCGGGCCCAUGGCGGUUGAUUCCGUGCUCAAAGUUAUAGAUACAAAAACCUCCGAUAAUGUUGAUCUCAGGAACAUCCGAAUCGUUAAGAAAGUUGGUGGCACAAUAGAGGAUAGUGAGAUGGUGGAUGGCCUGAUUCUUAACCAGCCUGUUUUGAAAAAUGCAGGCGGUCCGACUAGGAUCGAAAAAGCACGCAUUGCUUUGAUUCAAUUCCAGCUUAGCCCGCCAAAGCCAGACAUGGAAAAUCAAAUUGUCGUCAAUGAUUACAGACAGAUGGACAAAAUUCUCAAAGAAGAACGCACCUACCUUCUAAAUAUGGUUCGGAAAAUCGCCAAGACGAAAUGCAAUGUUCUACUAAUUCAGAAAUCUAUCCUUCGUGAUGCUGUCAACGACCUCUCUCUCAACUUCCUUUCCCGAGUUAAAAUACUGGCAGUCAAAGACAUCGAGCGUGAUGAGGUAGAAUUCGUCUGUAAGAGCCUGGGGUGCAAACCAAUUGCCAACAUUGAAUCUUUUACGGAGGACAAGCUUGGUACGGCUGAUUUGGUUGAAGAAAUCAACUCGGCUGGCUCCCGAUAUGUGAAAGUAACUGGAGUUCGAUCCGCAAACGCCAAUCAAACGGUUUCUAUUAUCGCCCGUGGCGCUAACAGCCUUGUUCUUGAUGAGGUCGAACGCUCUCUCCAUGAUGCACUGUGUGUUGUCCGUUGCCUAGUCAAAAAGCGAGCCUUGAUUGCUGGUGGCGGCGCUCCUGAAAUCGAAAUUGCGCACUCAUUAGCGAAGCAAGCACGAGCACUAUCAGGUACAGAAGCUAUUUGCUGGAAGUCAUUUUCUGAUGCCAUGGAAGUCAUCCCAGUCACGUUGGCCGAAAAUGCUGGCUUGAACAGCAUAAAGGUAGUAACCGAUUUACGUCAUCGCCACGCAAUGGGUGAGAAGAAUGCUGGUGUGAGCAUCCGUAGUGGAGGAGUCAAGGAUAAUAUUGCUGAUGAAAGAGUGCUGCAGCCACUGCUCGUCAGUACAAGUGCUAUUGAACUUGCUGCCGAGACAGUCAAGUUGAUUCUGCGCAUUGAUGAUAUUGCCUUGUCAAGAUAA